AUCAAAUAUUAAAAGGAAUAAAACUUUGCAUAGUUAACAAAGCAAAACACAGAGCUGAGAUUUAAGAGAUUUAAAUCCCAACUAUAUAUAGACCAGGAAGUUAAAUAUCUGACAAGUAGAUAACACACUUAACUAGGUCAUGUGACCAAAAACAGAACAUAAACAACACCCAAUUUAUCGGCAGCCAUUGCUGUCUUCAAAGUCAGAGUCAAAAACUUAACCAUGGACCCCCGUACCAGUGCCCAGGACGUGCUGCGAUGUGACCUGUGUGAGACCGCUGUGGUACAGAUGCACUGUGAUACAUGUCUUGUCAACCUGUGUAAGGCCUGUGUGGGAGAACACAUCUCAACAGAUGAAAACAAAGACCAUAAAGUCGUCAAAUUUCAGUCCAGGAAAUCUACCCCCCUCUUCCCUGAGUGUAAACAUCAUAACAAACAGCCAUGUACAAUGUACUGUAAACAAUGUGACAUUCCUGUUUGUACAAAAUGUCUAACAUCUGAUCAACACUUGGGUCACAAGUUAUCAGAAAUCUUACAGAUCGUGGAAGAUAAGAAGAACGCAAUCAUCGAAGAUCAAACUGAAUUAAAGGAGAAAAUUUAUCCCACCUACCAGGACAUUGCCUCUGAUGUACAAAACAAAAUGAGUCAGUUAAAAAAGGAAUAUGGAGAUCUCUCAACAGCCAUAACAAAACAUGGAGAGGACUGGCACAGAGAAAUUGACAAACUUGUCAAGAAACUUAAAGCUGAAGUUGAUGAAAUGAAAAACACACAGUUACAAACUCUACAGAAACAUCUGGAUGAAAUAAACAAGACAAUGUCUGAAAUCAAGGAUGAAAUCAAUUCAGCUGAAAUGGCUAUAGACACUAAUGACUUGUCCAAACUGUUUAGUGUUACAUAAAAAAUACAUAGAUACAGAAACCUUCCACAAAAACUAUCCCUGUCCUUACCCAAAUUCAUUCCAGAAAAAAUUCAAGGAGAAAAACUCAGUAAACUGUUUGGAACUUUAUCAUCAAGUUCUUGGACUUCAGUUGAACAUGGCUACAGCAUGAAGGCAACAAAGAAAUUACCAGAAGCUGGAUCCUCUCCUCCAGUCAAACAGCUGCUUGAUGAACCAGAGACUGUCACCACCAUAGACACUGAGUAUGGACAGCUUUACAAUGUGGCCUGUCUGAGUGAUGAAGAAAUCUGGAUAACAGGAAAUGACAAUACAAUGAAACUCUACAGCAUCAAUCAGGGAUCACUACUCCAGUGUUUCACAACCAAGUCAUGGGAAUGGUCAUUUGAAAUAGCAGUGACAAAAAGUGGAGAUCUAGUUUAUACUGAUUACAGGGAUAGAACUGUGAACAUUGUAAAGAAUGGGAAGAUAGAGGAGGUGAUCAGACUACAGAACUGGAUACCUAGCGGUGUCUAUAGUACCUCCUCUGGUGACCUCCUGGUUAUCAUGGACAAUUUUGACAAACCAGCAAAAGUUGUCUGUUACUCUGGCUCCACAGAGAAACAAACCAUUCAGUUUGAUGAUAAAGGUAAAUCUCUCUAUUCAUCUGUUGGUUUUAGAAGAUACAUAACAGAGAACAGGAACCAGGAUAUCUGUGUGUCUGAGGAUGGAGCUAAAGAAAUAGUGGUGGUCAAUCAAGCUGGGAAACUGAGAUUCAGGUACACUGGACAUACUCCUGCUCCAAAGAACCAACCAUUCAAUCCACUAGGAAUCACCACAGACAGUCAGAGUCACAUCCUUACAGCUGAUGUUAGCAAUGAGUGUGUCCACAUCAUAGACCAGGAUGGACAGUUCCUCCGUUACAUAGACUGUGAACUGAUUUAUCCCUAUGGACUGUGUACAGAUACAAAUGACAAUCUGUUUGUUGCUCAGAUGAGUAACAGUCAAGUGAAGAAAAUUAAAUACAUGUUUUGAUUUUAGGGCUGUGUAUUGAUUAAAUAAAAGCUAUAUCAUACAGUUCAAUAUGAUAACUUAUUAAUAACUUCCUAUUAACAGCUAAUUAAGCAAGAGGCCCACAGGCCUUAUAGGUAACCUAAGUAUCAAGUAACAACUUUC